GGCUUCCGGUUCCGGGUCUGCGUUGCGCUUGCGCACGAGGUGCAGCUCGGGCGUCUGCACGCGGUGGGAGCGAAAUGGAGGACUCGGCGUCGGCCCCAGCGUCACCGUCAGCCUCCGGCUCGACUCCGGCGGACCCGACCGCCCUGGCGCAGCUGGACAAAGAGCAGAUUCGAAAGGCGGUGGAAGUCCUGGUGGCACAUUCCAAGUCCUGGAGAAAGGAGAGUGGCCUGCUGUUGAACGAGAAUGACAGCUUGUUUUUGAUGGUGGUUUUGUGGAAAAUUCCCAAAAAGGAGCUGAGGGUCUCCCUGCCCUUACCUCAUGGCAUUCGCUCGGAUUUAGCAGAAAUCUGUUUAUUUGUCAAGGAUGAACCCAAUUUGACUCCUGAAAACACAGAAAGUUUCUAUAGAAAGCUUCUGAAAAAGCAUGGCAUUAAAACCAUUUCUCAGAUCAUCCCUUUCCGAACUCUAAAGACAGAAUAUAAGGCCUAUGAAGCCAAGCUCCGCCUCCUGGGGAGCUUUGACUUCUUCAUCACUGACACAAGAAUCAGGCGGCUUUUGCCCUCACACCUAGGGAGGCACUUCUACCAGAGGAAGAAAUUCCCGGUGACUGUAAACCUUCUGGCCAAGAAUUUAUCAAAAGAGAUCAAUGACUGUGUGAGCGGCACUGUCUUAAACAUCUCUAAAAAUGGCUCUUGCAGCACCAUCCGCGUCGGGCACACUGGCAUGCAGGCGCAGCACGUGGUCGAGAACGUCGUUGCCGUCACGGAGAGGCUCUCCCAGAAACUGCCCGAGAAGUGGGGGAGCGUGAAGCUCCUGUUCAUGAAGACCGAGAAGUCCGUCGCACUGCCCAUCUUCUCCUCGUUUGUCAGCAGUGUGGACGAAGCGAGCAGAGUGUCCCUGCGGGCCCUGAAGAGCAAGGAUGCCAAAAAAAAAGAAGAAAAGAAAAACCAGGAGAAACAGAAGCGCAGGAAGAAAAACAAAAAGUCAGCGGUGCAGGCCGGCCAGGCUGCGCCAGUCCCCAGUAAGGGUGACAAGGCACCUGCAGAGGGCGCUGCUGCGUUGAAGGGCCCCGCCUCCCACAAGAAGCCCGGCCAAGGAAAAGCCCCGCCGAGAAAGACGGAGGACUCCGAAGAUGAGAUUCCGCAGCUGGUGCCAAUAGGAACGACUCCAGCUGACAGUGCCGAGAAAAAGCCUUCAAAAACAAGUCCUGGUCCCAAGACACCUCGUGGCAAGAAGAGAAAGGCCUUGCCAGCUUCAGAGACCCCAAAAGCUGCAGAGCCUGAGACCCCCGAAAAAGGCCCAAGGAAGAAGCCAAAAAUCAAACAGACAGACAAAGAAAGAAGCUCUUCACUGGGGAAAAAAGACGCAAGACAGACUCCAAAAAGACCUGAGGCCAAGUUCUUCACCACUUCCGGUAAAUCUGCCAAGAAAGCUCCCAGCACCCCCAAACGGUGGCCAAAGAAAUCCAAAGUGCUCCAGUCAACCUAAAGUCUCCGACCCAGCCAGAGGAGUUGUCAGCUGCCCAAGGAACUUCGCAGGAUACGAAGGCCCAGCCUCCACUGCAGCCUUCGCCAAGAGCGAGGCCCGGGCUUCACCGUGGCCUGGUUGUAAGAACCGUGCUGUGAAGUGAAAUCUAUUUUUGAUCAUUCCUGUGUGUAUUUGCUAAUACAACAGAGGGAAGAUAGAGUGCUUCUCCAUUUUUUAUUAUUAAAUAUAUCAUUGGCUUCUGA